UUUAUGUUCCGCGGCAAAUUUUCAGAAGUUCAAGGUCAGAUAGAUUUAUCCUCUUACGAAACUUUUUAAAGAACUAUUAUUGUGGAAAUGGCGUUUAUAGCAUCAAGAUUUCGUAUUUCGAAUGUUAUACGACACAAAAUUACAGCCAUCUCAUGUAGAUGCCAAGGAACUGCUCAAGCACAGACUCAAACUAAAGAUAAUGUUAAAACUGAAGCAGCAACCUUUAACUGGCAGGAUGCACUGAAUCUGGAGAAUCUAUUAUUAGAAGAUGAGAUAUUGGUUCGGGACCAGUUUAGGGCCUACUGCCAAGACAGAUUAAUGCCAAGAGUCCUCAUGGCAAACAGAAAUGAAAAAUUUGAUAGAGAGAUCAUACCAGAAAUGGGAUCUAUAGGAGUACUUGGACCACAUAUACAUGGUUAUGGUUGUGCUGGAGUGUCAUCUGUGGCUUAUGGUCUCAUAGCUAGGGAAGUAGAGAGGGUAGACAGUGGAUACAGAUCAGCCAUGAGUGUCCAGUCUUCAUUAGUUAUGCAUCCAAUAAAUGAAUAUGGUACAGAAGAACAGAAACUAAAAUACUUACCAAAAUUAGCAAAAGGUGAGCUAAUAGGGUGUUUUGGAUUAACAGAACCUAACCAUGGAAGUGAUCCCUCAUCUAUGGAAACUAAAGCCAGAUACAAUCCAUCCAGUAAAACAUUCACACUCAAUGGUACUAAAUCUUGGAUUACAAACUCCCCUAUUGCAGAUGUAUUCAUUGUUUGGGGUAAGUGCGAUAGAGACAACAAUAAAAUCAGAGGAUUUAUAUUAGAGAAAGGAAUGAAAGGUUUAACAGCUCCAGUCAUUCAAGGCAAGUUUUCACUGAGAGCCAGUAUCACAGGACAGAUCUCUAUGGAAGAUGUAGAAGUACCUGAAGAAAACAUGCUACCAAAUGUCAUGGGACUAGGGGGUCCCUUUGGCUGUUUAAACAGUGCACGUUAUGGUAUUGCUUGGGGCACAUUAGGGGCAGCAGAGUUUUGUUUGGAAACAGCCAGGCAAUAUACAUUAGACAGAAUUCAGUUCAAAAAACCUUUGGCCAAAAACCAGUUGAUACAGAAAAAAAUGGCUGAUAUGUUAACAGAGAUUUCUUUAGGAUUACAAGCCUGUGUACAAGUUGGCAGGUUAAAGGAUCAAGGAAAAGCUACACCAGAAAUGAUUUCCAUGAUAAAGAGAAAUUCUUGCGGUAAAUCUUUAGACAUAGCUCGUAUGGCAAGAGACAUGCUUGGUGGGAAUGGAAUCUCAGAUGAAUAUCAUGUGAUCCGACAUGUGAUGAACCUGGAAGCUGUCAAUACAUAUGAAGGUACUCAUGACAUCCAUGCAUUGAUAUUGGGACGAGCUAUUACAGGAAUCCAAGCGUUUACAUCAGAUUGAUAAAGUGUGUUGUGACUUCUACCAGUCUUCUAGUCAGUCUGUGGUGAAGACAAACUUAAUCAAUGAUAUCAUCUAUGUGGAAGAUACUGGUAUUACCUCAGUGCUUAAGUGGCAUUACAGAAACUGUCCACCUCAUUUUGUUUGCUUCAAACAUGUCAAAAAAGUUCUUUAAAUUAUAUAUAUAUAUACAUAAAAAACAUCAAAAAUUGUAUUUUAUAAUAAGCAGUGUGCCAAGUAUAUGUUUUUUAUUUAUCUUAAUCAGAUUGAUAGCAUUGUCAUAACUAUUCAGGUUUCAUAUAAAUUUUACUGUUAAUAGGCCAGUAUUUAAAGGCCAGUCGUAGUUGUUGGAUGAAACUACAAAUCUUCUAGUCGUUUUGUAUGUUUCUUUCUAAUGAUGAAACUUUUUCACAAAAA